CAAUGAGUAAGAGAGAUGGAGGGAAUGGUGAUUUGGUUAUGGACUUCAUCUUCUCUUGGUCUCUUGAUGAUAUAUUUAAUGGAGAUCUCUUCAAGGAAAAGGUUGUGAAGAAUCCUUUAACUUUUGAAUCUUUGAAGAGUUAUCUCAAUUCAUAUACUUUUCCUAUGCUUGAGGAAGUACGUGCUGAUGUUGCUUCUUGUCUUGAAGCCAUUGGAAAAGCUCCAUUUACUAAUAUUGUGGAAAUUAACAAGAUCGGUCCAAAGAAGCAAUUGUUAUAUCAUAUUAAAAUUGGUAGGCAAAAUGCUUCAGUUACGGGUAAGAAUAAAAUAUACAUACCGAAAAGAGGAGAUAUAUUUGUCUUAACUGAUUCAAGACCAAAAUUUGUUUCUGAUUUAAUACGGAAUGGAAGAUCAUAUAGAAUUGCUAUUGUUUCUGAGGGUUGUAAAAUCUCAUUGUCUAAAAGCUUAGACAAUGAUCAGUUUUGUGAUAUUGGCAACAGUAAAACCCCUUUGUUUGCUGUUUACUUGAUGAAUAUUGCAACAUCAAGUCGUAUGUGGAGAGCAAUUGACUUUGAAUUGGCUACUAAAAGAAAUUUGCUACUUGUUAAAGAGGUCAUCAACACUAAAUCAUCGAUUUUCAAAGACAGGGAAGUGCCACAAUCUGAUGUACUUGGCAAUAUAAAAAACAAGUUGCUUGCUUUUAAUUUUAAUGAAUCUCAAAACAACGCGGUGCUAAGAUGUGCAUUGGCAGCUACAUGCAAUGAGAAAUGUUCUAUUGAUCUUAUUUGGGGGCCACCGGGAACUGGAAAGACGAAAACAACAGCUGCUCUGCUCUGGAUUUUGAGAGAAAUGAAAUGCAGAACACUCACUUGUGCGCCAACAAAUACUGCUGUGAGGGAAGUCGCUUCACGGUAUAUGAAUUUGUUAAAAGACAAUUCUGCAGAAGAGGGUGCUCUUCUACUGGGAGAUGUGUUGCUCUUUGGUAAUAAAGAUCGAAUGAACAUCGAUGAUAAUCUUCAUCUUCAUGAUGUGUUCUUGGAUAAUCGUGUGAAAAAACUUAGACCGUGGUUUGCACAAAAAACUGGUUGGAAGCAUUGCCUGGAUUCAAUGGUGGAGUUCUUUGUGGACUGUCUCAAAUUGUAUCUGUACCAUGUCAUAAAGAAAUUUCCUCAAGACUUUGUUAGAAGAAAAUUUUUGAAGAUUUCAGAGAAUAUGAAUCAGUGUCUUAGAACAUUAAGAACGCAUCUGCCAAAUGCUUCUAUUUCUCAAGAAAGCUCUAAAGACAUUGUUUUGCUUCUUGAUUUACUACAAGAAUUGGUUGACCUUCUUAUAAAAGAUAUUUCUUCCAGUAAUCUGAAAUCUCUUAUAGACUCUGUUGGAAGAAAAUCAUUGGAGAUUUCAAAGAGUCUCACAACAUUAAGAAUGCAUCUGACAAGUGCUUCCAUUUCUGAAGAAAGCUCUAGAGAUAUUGUUUUGCUUCUUGAAUUACUACAAGAAUUCGAUGACCUUCAAAAGGAAUUUUGUUCCAUUAAUCUGAAAAGUUUUGAAGACUUUGUUAGAAGAACAUUUGCGGAGAAUUCAAGGAGUCUGAGUCAGUGUCUUACAACAUUAAGAACUCAUUUGCCAAGUGCUUCUGUUUCUGAAGAAAGCUCUAGAGAUAUUGUUUUGCUUCUUGAUUUACUACAAGAAUUCAAUGGCCUUCUUCAAAAAAAUUUUACUUCCAGUGAUCUGGAGGAAGUCUUUAAGUCUAACAAUGGACUAAACAGUAAUUCUAAAACUUUGGAGCUGAGAAAGAGCAAAGAAAGAUGUCUUCAAGUAUUGUAUAGACUUCAGUCAGGAUUGAAACUUCCUCCUACCUGUUCGAGAAGGGGUAUUGGAGAUUUUUGCAUGCAAAAAGCAUCACUCAUGUUCUGCACAGCAUUUUCUACUUCAAAAUUGUACAAUGUGAAGAGGAUGAUACCUCUUGAUGUAUUGGUCAUUGAUGAGGCUGCUCAGUUAAAAGAGUGUGAAACACUGAUUCCUUUACAGCUAUCUGUAGUUCGCCAUGCAAUUCUCAUUGGUGAUGAAUGUCAGUUGCCUGCAAUGGUGAAGAGCAAGGCCUCAGAGAAUGCACUGUUUGGAAGAAGUCUGUUUGAGAGGCUAAGUUUACUGGGAUACAAGAAGCAACUUCUAAACGUACAGUACAGGAUGCACCCUUCAAUAAGCCGAUUCCCGAAUGCUAACUUUUAUAACAAUAAAAUUUCAGAUGGUCCGAGUGUCAUUGACAAGAAGCACACUAGAUGUUUUCUACCAGGCCCCAUGUUCGGUCCAUAUUCAUUUAUUAACAUAGAGUUUGGAAAUGAGGUUGCUGAUGGUUUGACACAUAGCAAGAAAAAUUUGGUUGAAGUAGCAGUUAUUUCAGACAUAAUCAGUAGACUUUUCAGUGAAUGUGUGAGGACUAAACAGAGAGUUAGUGUUGGUAUCAUCUGUCCAUACACUGCACAAGUUUCAGCAAUUCGAGAGAAACUCGGGAAAGCAUAUAAGGGGCAUAGUUUUUUUUCCUUCAGAGUUAAUUCUGUUGAUGGAUUUCAAGGUAGUGAGGAAGACAUCAUAAUGUUUUCUGCUGUGAGGUCGAAUACUGCUGGAACAGUUGGAUUUCUGUACAAUCAUCAACGAACAAAUGUCGCAUUGACCAGAGCAAGGCAUUGUCUUUGGGUUUUAGGAAAUGAACCGACAUUAUCUAGCAGUGGUACUAUCUGGAGUAAAUUAGUUUGUGAUGCAAAAAAUCGAGGUUGCUUCUUUGAUGGAAAGGAUGAUAAGAACAUCAUGAAUGUUAUGAUGAAAAGCUGCAAUGGUUUUGGUAAAAUAAAUGAGCAGAUUUACAACAUGACUUCCUUGGAUAUCAGUAAAACACAAGAAAAGAAAUAUGGAGAAAUGCACGUACUUUCAAAUCAGUUCGUGCAGCUCAGUAUGGAUAAUACUUCUGAAGCUCCAAAAUGUGAUUCGAGGAAAAUCGAAACUUCUGAAGGGAAAAGGAUGGAGAACAACACAAAAAUGGAGGAUAAAAGAAUAGAAACAACUCCAAAAGAAAAGAAUGUAGUGAAACAUGAGAAGUUAAGCAAUUUGAGUUCUAAAGUUGUGCAUCAUUCUGAACAUCCACAACUAAUCAAAUCUGAAGGAUAUAUGCAAACUGGUACUUUACGAAAUUGGAGUAAUCAAAAUAAUGAUGCAUCAAGCUCAACCAUAAAGAUGACAACAGCACCAAAACCAAAACAGAUUAAUGAAGAGGAAAAAGAGGAGCCAAGUAAUAUACGUGCUACCAUCCUCACUUCAAUUGCUGUUGCAGUCAUUGGCUCAGCUGUUUUUAUGAUAUUUCACUGUUUUAAUCAGAAUUAAUGUUAAUCUACUGUAAUUAGAUAACAUAUACCUCUGCAGUAAGUCUUCAGGACAUUAUCUGCCUUUUGAUUAAAGCCUGAAAGCUUGGACAUUGUCUUAUGAACAUCUGGAACUUGAGUAUCAAAAUCAUUAAAUGAGAAGACUUACUGUGGG